AGCCAAUAACAGCCCAUUUCUGGCCAUCAACAGGAAACCAAGCUAGCGUCCUUGGAGAUGUUCCCAUCAGUAUAAGCUUGUCGUUUUGCGUCCUUCGCGAAAAAAUGCCCCCCUUCCUGAGCUGACAGAAUCUGGAGAGCCAAAGUGCAGUCGGUAAAUUUGAACUAAUCAUGAGCGCGCCUCUUGUCAUUGGUGACCAGCUCAUCCUUGAGGAGGACUUUGAUGAAAACUAUAUUCCCUCUGACCAAGAGAUCAGAGAGUAUGCAAAGGAGAUAGGCAUUGAUCUUGACAAUGAGACGGAGCUCAUGUGGCUGGCCAGGGAGGGAAUUGUUGCCCCUCUUCCACCGGAGUGGAAGCCUUGCCAAGAUGUUACAGGAGACCUCUACUAUUACAACUUCUCUUCUGGUGAGUCCACUUGGGAUCACCCCUGUGAUGAGCACUACCGCCGCCUUGUUAUCCAAGAACGUGAACGCCUCCAGCGCACUGCUGCCGCCAAGGGCUCAGGGACCAAGAAGAAGAAGAAGAAAGAAAAGGAGAAAAAAAAUAAAAAGAAGAAGGAUGCAGCCCAAAGUGGAGACCUGAGUUCAACAUUGGGGUCUUUGCCGCCUCCAUUAAGAAGCCUGGCUCCUCUCGGUGGUCUAGUUGGUCCCGCCCUUGGCCCAAUCUCUGGAUCUGGAUUUCCACGCUCUAUUGGGCCUGGAGGACUUGAACCCCUCAAAGCAUCUCCUGGGCCUCUUGGGGUACUCCGUAAGAGCGGUGCUGCAAGUGUUUUAAGCUCCAAGAAGGAAGAAAAAGUAUAUCUUACCAUGCCUGGCUUUGACGAUGAUGAUGAAAUCUUGGAAAAUGAGUCAAGUCAACCGUCUUCACAUCAGCAACUGAUGAAUCUCCACCUAGAUCUGAAUGACCUAAAAGGGGGCAUACAGUAUGAGGACAGUGACGCUAGUGCAGCAGCUCGAGCAGAGGAAAGGACUGAACCAGAAAUGCAGGACAUAUCUGGAGGCCAGAGCGCUGAACCACCAUCACGACAGGACUCUUUGAGAGGCCGCCGUUUAUCCCCUCUGGCAGUUCGAAACCCUCUCAGUGAGACUGUGGUCGAAGGUGGAAAGCCUAUUGAGGAGUGCGAGGACAAAGAAGAAGCCCAAGAUAAAGAUGAGGAAGCGGAUGAGAAAAGUGGAGACAAAAAAGGGGAUGAUGGUGAUGUUCACAACGAGCAAGGGGGAGGUCACGGGACUCUGGAAAAUGAGCAUAAAGAAUCCAGUCAUGAUGAGAGUGACAAGAAAGGCAAAGGGGACGGUGGCGGUUUUGACUUUUCACUAGACCAGGACAAUUUGGACAAUAUAUGUGACAAAGAUGGCAGACCUGAGAGAGUCCAUCAUGAGGAUAUCUUGGACAAGGAAAAGAUGGAGUUUGCAGAGGUGAUGAAAGGAGAUGUGCAGGAGAAAGAGGAAGGCAAUAAUCUUGUCAAGGUUUCCCCAAAUAAUGACAGAGAUGUGAAGAAGACUCACUAUGAGAGAGUUGUGCAUAAGAGUACUGCAGAUGAUUCUGGUGGACAAGAUGGAGAAGGGGAAGAGGAUGGUGACAGUCAUGGAGAUUUGGAGCGAUGCUCUUUGAGCCAGAGGAAACUGACAGACGACGAAGACGAGGUGUUGGAGAGUUGUGUAGCCAGUGAUGAUGGAGAAACACAUGGGAAGAGAAAAGAGUUGAAAGGCGAAUCAGAUUCCCAAAAGGCUCAAUCAACAUCUUUGAAUGAGGAGGCCAUGGAGAUUUUGGAGAUGGCAACAACUCAAUCUGACCAGUGCAGCAAGAAGGCAAAACACGGUGUCCUUCCAGUCUGUGACCAAAAGAGGAAACCUGGCAAGAUGGAGAAUGUGAAUAAUAAAUCCCCCCUUCCUGCAGAGCAUUCUGAUGCCAGCGAUGACAUUAAACCUGGGUCAUCCUCCAUAAACAUGAAGAUGUCGGAAAAGGUUUUGGACCUUAAUGAUCUGUCUGGCUCUGUGAGUCCAUUGGAGGAUAAUGAUGAAGAUAUGGAAGCUGAAAUGGAUAAGUGUAUCAAAGGCAAGACUGCCAAGAGGCAGGCUGCAGACGAAAACAAACCUACAUCUCCAAAAGUCGACAUACUGGUGCUCCACCAAUCAAGUGUUCAGAAUCAACAAACAGAAGCUGGUCUCAGCUCAGCUAUGAAUCUGCACAGGCCUGAAACAUCGAGACGCCGACUGUGCCGAACUUCCAGCACCCAAAUCAACGAAGGAGAAACUGCCGUACGGAGUUCUGCAAGCCCAUUAGAAGAAGGCUCAAACUUUGGAAUCAGGAAAAGUGAGAAGAAAGAAGAGAGGGAGGAAGAAAAUGAGUGGAGGAAGACUGAAAACGAAAAGAGUGUAAAUGAGAGUAGCGGGGAGCAAGACAGGAAAAGUGGGGAUGCCAUUUGGGGAGUGGAGAAGAGCAAAAAGCAAAUAAUGGGGGAGAAGAAAAAUAGAUCGUUUGAUCUUCAGGAGACAAUGAGCAGAGAGGAAGAAGAAGAGAAGGAACGUUUGAAAAGGGAGAAGGAGAAGAGAAUCUCUCUCUUCAUGGAGGACUUAAAGAGAGAGGAGGAGUCAGAGAAGAACCGAUUAAUGCAGGAGAAGGAGCGAAGAAAGUGUCUCCUCCAAGCGGAGCUGAGAGACCACGAACAGGAGGAAGAAAAGCUUACAGAAGAGAGCAAAGAUAAACUGAGGGCUCUGAAACAGCAUCUUUUGUCCAAGAGGCAAGAAGAGGAGGCAAGGUUGAACGCGGAGUCUGACAAGAUCCUGGAAGCACUGAAAGAAUCUGCUUUGAAGGAGAGAGAUAAGCAGCUUCAUGAGCUCAGGGAAGAGAGUGAAGCCAUGCUGAAAGAUUUGCGGAUCACACUUGAAGAAGAAAAGGCAGCAGAGCGUGACAAGUUGGAGACUCAGAAUAAGGUGGACAUUGAGCAUCUGAAGGCUGAGUCAGAAGGAAAGGUGCAAGCAGAGAAAAAGAAACUUCAAGAAGAGAAACUAAACUCUUUUAAAAAGGAGGUCAGUGGCACAGAGAGGAGGAGGGAGCUGAUUGGUCCACGUCCUGAACAGCAGCUAGCAGAGUACCACAGAGAGACAUUUACUUUUCCCAUGCAGCUGUCAGAUUUGCUGCUGGAAGUGCGGGAAGAAGUGCAGCGUGACCAUGAGAAGAAGCUGGAACAGCUGAGGGAGGAGCACAGGAGAGAGCUUAACAACAUCAGAGAUAAACAACUGGAGGAGGAAAGUGUCCAGAGGGACCGCUUGCUUUCUACUCUGCAGGUUGACAGAGAGCAUCUUCAGGCCUCGCACGCUCUUCAGCUAGAAAGACUCCACAAGCAACUUGACAGUGAAAUAGAGAAGGCACAGCUGACACAUUCACAUAGGGAGGCAGAACUGAAGGAUCUGAUCAGUCAGUUGGAGCUGAGAGCCAAAGAGCUGAAGAGAGAGGAGGAAAUGCUAUACAGCAAGACUGCAGAUCUGAAGAGGAAGAGGAAGGUGCUUGGGGAAGAAGAGGAGGAUCUCGACAAACGGACAGGGGCCUUACACAAAAUGACCCUCGAGAGAGACCAGCUAAAGCUGGAGCUGGAGAGGAGAAGGGAGGAGCAAGCUCAAGCUCAAGAACUCCUGUACGUGGUGCGGGAGGAGAGAAAUGAGGCCCGGCUGGGCGAGGCGAGGUUGAGGGAGGAGAGAGACAAAGUCCGGGAGGAAAGCAUGAAGGCGAAGGAGGACAAGGAGCGACUGGAGAGCAAGGUGGCUCUGCUGGAGGAACGAUGCAACCGGCUCAGUCGCAGGGUCAGCGAGUUAGAAAUACGCAAUGGAGGGAUUGGCUCCAGACAAAAGGACAAAAAUAAGGUGAAGUUGCCCUCUAGUGGCCAAAGAGACUCAUCGCUGCAUGUAGAUGACCUGGAGGAACCGCUUCCCUGUAAUGCACCUGACAGUCAAAGCGACAUCCUUGAAUUUGGCGGAUUGAACUCCUCACAUUGUACAUCCAUCGAAAAGACCAAACUCUUCCUGGAGAAGGAGAGCAGCCGACUAAUGCAGAAACAGACCCUGCACGUGGCCCACAGCAACUCCACUCAGCAAUCCAACCUAGAAGCAAAGGAGGCAAGACGUUUGUAUGUGAGCCAGCAGAUGGUUACUAGUGGGAAUGCUCUCAAUCGCAGGAAAGAACAACUUAAGCAGCUUGAAGGUUCCAUAGCUGAGGAGUCAUUCCUUCAAGAUGCGUCGCUGUUUGCUGGAGACAGGAAGGUCACAUUUGAUGUGACAGAUUCAGACUUAAGCACCACUGUUGACGCCCCUGAUGAGCCAGGAGGCGGUGUGAUGUUCUCAGGCCAGCUCGACUCCGUUUUAGGUGCUCUAGGAUCAUUAACCCAGAAGCAGGGCAACGCAUCCUCUGCAACAAGAUCUUCAACCACUCUAGGCCAACCUAUCCCACUUUGGAAGUCGUCAACCCAAGGCGGACCCGGAUUGACCCCCUAUCCGGACAGCUCCAUCAUGAGUGGCCUGAGAACUGCUGAUGAUGCCACACUCCGCAGAUGGAGAGAGAUCUUUCCUGAAGCAGCUGCACUCAACUCCAGCACCCCAAGGAAAUUCACCUCACCUCCAUCCUAUACUCCUGCGAGCCUGCACGUUCAAAAGUCAGUGAAAGUGGAUGGCCGUAGACUGCAGAAACAGAUUGACAGCAAUAAGAGGUGGCUGGAAAUGCGAAAGAAGGACAGCAGCAUACCUCUGUUCACUCGCUAUCAGGCUUCAUCUUCCCAGAGCAACCUCGUCCAGCUUGGCCUGGAUGACAAGGAUCAGAUCAGAGUCUACCAUUACUGAUGAUAACAGCACUGCGGAGUCCUGCUGGGUUGCGCUAUCUGAAGAUUUUGAACAACAGAGGAUAGCACAACUCUAAGCUUCUCAAAUUCAGUGGUCCCUAACAUUUUUUUGCAUCACGGACCAGUUGAGACAAGUACCUGCUAUUUGCUGACCAGCUGGAUGUUUGUCAGAUGCGGGCUGCUGGGGCAGUGGGUCGAUUUUUUUUCUUUUUCCCCCAGUACAGCACAUCCAUCCAUCCAUCCAUUUUCUGAUCCGCUUAUCUUCACAAGGGUCGCCGGGGA